UAUUCCUCCAGGUACGCCAGCCGGGAGCCAGCCCACUUCCCAUGGUAAGGUUGGCAGGCAAUUCGCCAUCCUAUCCGCCUGUUUGUUGUUCCUGACUAUUUUUUUCUUCCUUUUUUUUCGCGAAGCUUUUCUGAGAACAUUCCCCCUCCCUUCCAUUCUCUUGGGACCGAUUAACACUCAAUCGCACAUUCAGCGCACAUCCGCCGGCGCACACAAACCGCCUGCGCAACUUCGAAAGCCACCGUCAACCACAUCCACAUCCACAUCCGCAUCCGCAUCCACAAUCGCAUCCCCAACCACCGCCGCCACCACCACUACCACCACUACCACCGUCAGCCGUUUCACGUUCUGCUGCGCAUACGCCGUUCCCCCUCUCACGACACGACGGCACCUUCUUCGCCUCGAUCGAGUCCGACGAUACCGAACGAGACAUACGAGUCGGGAGAGAUUGACCUACUCGCCAUUUCCUUGCGACCCGCGCCAUCCCGUGUCCGACAGCACUACACCAGCAGCGAAAAGACGAAUAACCACACACACACACAUACACACUCGCGAAAGCAAGCAUAGCCGAGCACAUCCCGGCGGCUGCCCGCACACGACAACGCCGGCUUCUCCUCCCGCAUCGCCUGCAAAAGCCCGCAACGUCGCAAACCGCAAACUACCACCUCUCCCGUGUCAAAUGGUCUGCGAACCCUCGUCUUCUGCGUAACCUUCGAGGUCCAAUGGGAGCCAUUAUCCCGUUGAACUGAUUCCGAUCCCGCCCACCUACCUACCUACUUACUACCUCUCGACCGACCAACCCGCUUCGUCCAGCCCUCGCCAUGCAAGACAACGGCAAGGACGUCAAGCCUGACGCCCACGAGGACAAGGACAAGGACAAGCGCGAGAAGCCUGAACACAAUGGCGGCCAUGCUCACUCGGUCAAGAGCCCCAAGAAGCGCCGCAAAGUCAACCACGCCUGUGUCUACUGCCGCCGAUCUCAUAUGACAUGCGAUCUCGAACGACCGUGUACGAGAUGCAUCAAGCGUAAUAUCGGCCACCUCUGCCACGACGAGCCGCGCGACCCCGAUUCCAAGAAGGCCAAGAGCUCCCACGCCCCCUCCGCCGUCGACGAUUCCGAGACGACGCAAUCCGAUAUCGCGCGGAGCUCUGUCGACCAAUCCGCCGCCGGUUCCAUGGGCCCCCCGCCUCCCUUCGACAGGAAGGCGUCCGCUUUUGGCGCUGCCGUCCUGGGGCAAGGGAACCCACUGCACCUCGUGUCACCGGGCUCCGUCUCUGGCAUGCCGGGGAACGGCAGCAACAUGAACCAAUUCGCUGGAUUUUCCGACGCAUGGUUGACGGCCCAGAACCACUACCACGACAUGCAAAGCUACCACCCCAACUACAUGAUCGCCCCCGAGGUCACGCACGAAUUCAACCUCCUGAAUGACUUCCUGCAGACGAGUCUGCUCGAUGACGGCGGCAUCCUCUCUGACGAGUCCCAGAACAGCCCCGCCUUCAGCAGGACUGCCGGCGCCAACGACAUGCUGCCAACGUUCGGAAACCACAACAAUAACAACAGGGCCAAUGCCGCCGGCAGCAGCGGCAAUGCGCUCUCGCAGCAGAUGCUGCCGCCGCCGAACCUCGAGCAGGGCAAGUCGAUAUCGCGGCCCGGCAGCGUCGUCCAAGCCGAUAAGGACAAGGCCCGCGAGUACUACCUACAGGCAGCCGACCCGUCGGGCAACGACACCCCCGAGGAGCGGAUGGAUCGCGUCUUGAAAGCCAAGUAUGAAGCCGGCCUGCUGAAACCGUUCAACUACGUCAAGGGAUACGCGCGGCUCGGCACCUACCUGGACAGCCAUAUUGCGCCGUCGUCGAAGCAGAAGAUCCUUCGGACCAUUGACCGGUUUCGACCCAAGUUCCGUGAAAAGGCGCAGGCCCUGACCGACAUGGAGCUUCUCUACGUCGAGAUGUGGUUUGAGAAACAACUCAUGGAGUACGACCGCGUGUUUGCCAGUAUGGCCGUCCCGGCAUGCUGUUGGAGGAGAACCGGCGAGAUUUUUCGGGGUAAUAAUGAGAUGGCGGAGCUGUUGCACGUUCCGGUCGAGAAGCUGCGAGACGGCAAGAUUUCCUUGCACGAGAUUUUGACGGAAGAGUCUCUCGUGCGGUAUUGGGAAGAAUUCGGAACCAUCGCCUUCGACCCCGCCCAUGAUACGUUGCUCACGGCCUGUACGCUCAAGAACCCGGACGACAAGGCGACCGAUCCGGUGAUACACUGCUGUUUUUCCUUCAUGAUUCAACGAGAUAAUCACAAGAUCCCGACCCUCAUUGUCGGCAACUUCUUGCCUAAUGAUCCUGUCCGGCCGUGAUGAUGUAAUUGCACUUCAGUGGAGAAGGACUCGAGGUCAAACUACGAAAAACAAAAAGGGGGGGAGGGGGGAUUUGGCGUCAUUGGAUACCAGGGCAUUGCUUUUGGAUUUGUCGCAUAUUUUCCAUCUCGUUUUCUUCGCCUUGAUGCGAAAGAAAGCCGGUACAUACUUAUCAGAACACUGUAUUUUUUGGUUCGAUCGGGCGACGGAGCGGACCUGCCGUAGUCUCUCGGACCGGAGGUCGGUCGGCUCAACAGGGUCCCACACAACCGGCUCAAAGCUUGUGAGGAAAGAGCAUUUGUUUGCGCCUUCCUUGGAGCGUUCGGUGAUUGCCACAUUCGAAUGUCAUGUCACUUUUUCUCUGGGCAUUUAUUCUACACGUUUUCAUACAUACCUUGAUCUGAUCAC